AUGCAGCAUUUGUUGGUGGCAAACAUGACUGCUGGGCUCAGCCUUAUGGAGCAUUUGGUAACUGCCACCAUGACCAUCUCCUCCUGCUUGAUGUUCCUCUUUGUAAACGGUGUUAUGUUGUUCACCUUGAGGAGUAAACCUGUGUUCCGGGAGAUGCCGCGCUACAUCCUGCUGUUUCACCUACUGCUUGGAGACACGCUCCAGCUGGCCUUCAGCCUGCUGUUGUACUUGCUGAGCGCCUCGCUCAUCACCGUCACGUAUCCAUUGUGCGGCGUGCUCGUCAUGUUAGGUAAUCUUGUUAGUAGGGUAUCUGCUUUGGUGCUAGUGGUAAUGUCACUGGAGAGAUAUGUUGCUGUGUGCCACCCUCUCCGACAUACCUCCAUCACUACCGUUAGGAACAUGAAUGUUGCGGUGCUCGCUGUGUGGCUUUUUUGUUUUGUGAACGUUCUCAUUCAGGGACUUUUAUUGAUCGAGUUUCCUUUUGACCAGCUGGAGAGUCUGCAAAUGACACAGAGGUGCACCUUCCAUGCUAUUUUACUUGUUCCUGUUUUAGAACAUUACUAUGAUGUUUAUACUUAUUUUGUGUUCAUCUUGGCGGGCCUGAGCAUCAUUUUCAGCUACCUCGGAGUUAUCAUGGUUGCCAAAUCGGCGGCCACGGACAAAGACUCCACCCGUAAAGCUCGGAACACGCUGCUACUGCACCUGGUGCAGUUGGGCCUCAGCCUAUUGUCAGUGCCAUUCGCUAUUAUCUUGACAAAAUUCUCAACUUUGUUAAACCGGUUGGUAUUCUCACGAGUCCGAUCGAGCCUAUUUGUGUGCUUUUACCUCCUUCCCAGAAGUCUGAGCGGGCUGGUGUACGGGUUGAGAGAUCAGAAUCUCAGAGUCGUGUUUGUGUACCAUUUCUGCUGUCACCUCAAAGUGUCUGUUAAUGCUGUGAUUGAGCCACAAGAGCCUCUUUCUGUCAUCCUGCCUGGGACACAUUCGAACUUGAUACGCUGUCAUGCCUUCAACACAAAGAAACACACAUGUGCACAAUGA